AUGAAGGCCAACACUCUCCUUCCCCUUCUGGGUCUCUCCGGCAGCGCCGUCGGCGCCGUCGUCAACCGCCACUCCAACGGUCCCUUCGGCUACGCCUCCGGUUCCAAGGAGUCCAUUGCCAACCUGAAGGACAAGGUUGAGAAUGUUGUCUGGAUUCUGAUGGAGAACCGUGGUUUCGACAACAUCCUGGGUGGUGUGCACAAGAAGGGUCUUGACAACGUUGUCAACAACGGACCUUUCUGCAAUCCUCUGAACGUCGCUGACCCCAAGGGCGAGAAGACGUGCAGUCAGUUCAAGGACUUUGACUCUGUUAUCCACGACCCGGAUCACUCCGUCACUGGUGUCAACUUCGAGCUGUACGGUCAGUGGAGCCCUAACAACGACGCUAUUGCCAAUGGCACUCUCAAGGCCAACCUCGAUGGCUUCGUUGAGCGCCAGAUUGAGCGUUACAACAUCUCCGCCAAGCUCGCCACUGAGGAGGUUAUGGGUUACUACUCCGAGGAUGAGAUUCCUACUAUGGUCGACCUCGUGAACGAAUUCACCACCUUCAACUACUGGCACUCGUGUGUCCCCGGUCCCACCAACCCCAACCGUCUCUGUGCCAUUGCCGGUACCCCCGACGGCCACGGCAAGAACGACAAUGACUUCGAUGUCUCUGCCAUCACCAUCCCCAGCAUCUUCCAGGUUGCUUCCGAGAAGGGCAUCUCCUGGAAGAACUACGACGGCACCAACGGCGCCUUCCUCUCCGACGCUCUCUUCUUCAACUGGACCGUCGCCAACGCCAAGUCCAACGUCGUUCCCUUCGAGAACUUCUACCAGGACGCCUACCUCGGCACCCUCCCCAAGCUCUCCUACCUCAACCCGUCCUGCUGCGGUCUGGACACCAACUCCAUGCACCCCUCCGGCAACGUCUCCACCGGCCAGGUCCUGCUCAAGCAGAUCUACGAUGCCGUCCGCACCGGUCCCCAGUGGGACAAGACCCUGCUGCUGAUCACCUUCGACGAGACCGGUGGAUUCUACGACCACACCUACACCGAGAAGGCCAAGGAUGGCAGCUCCUACACUCUGAACUUCGACCGUCUCGGUGGCCGUAUGCCCACUUGGCUCGUUUCUCCCUACGCCCCUGCCGGUUACGUCGAGAACUUCGGUGUUGACCCCGCCACCGGCAAGUCGGCUUCUUACUCUGCUACCUCCGUCCUUAAGACUCUGGGUUACCUGUGGGACCUGAAGGACUUCACUCCUCGUGUUUCUCACUCCCCUGCCUUUGACCACCUGAUUGGUCCUAAGGUUCGCAAGGCUCCUCAGACCCUGGCUAACCCCCACCCCUUCCCUGAGGCUGUUUAA